AUGGACCUCGACAAUACAACAAACAUCACGUUGAGAUCGUCAGAAAGUAUUCCCAACAUCCGCUUCGGAAUUUGCCUUCUUUUCCUCGACCUUGGGAUCAUUCUUGGAAACUGCGUCACCAUCACCGUGUUCAGGAGGAACCGGACACUUCGCUCACCAGCCGGGUGGAUCAUCGUAAACAUUGCUGCAUGUGACCUUGCCAUUGGUGUCCUGGUCGGAGUGUUUGUUCUGCCAUGCGUCUUCAGCGGUUACUUCCCUUUCCACGAGUCAAUCAUCCAGGUUGAGGGGGCGCUUGUUCUCACCUUCUUCGACGAAGCCGUGUACGGACUAACCUUAGCUGCUGUUGAUCGAUACGUAGCGAUAUGCCAGCCGUAUCAUUACGUCAGAUUGUUCAGUGACACUAACCUUCUAGGAGUGUUUGUAUUAACGUGGCUAUACGCUGCCCUCGUUCCUGUCGUCUUCACGUUUACAAAUGGCUUCAAGUACUAUGACCUCAAUCUAGAUGCAGUGUGUGGAGUUCGAGCUACGUACACUGUGUGGAGCUCAAUCUAG